AUGGACUUGUUAAAGAGACACGGAGAUCACGGACAUGGCCAUGAAGAGAAGCAUGGUCACGGACAUCAGAGUGAAGAUGGACUGAGACAGCACUUCCUUGCAUGCCUUUACUGGUACGUCCUUGCGACACUGCUGAUAAUAGGUUCUGUCUCACAUUUGGUCUCACUCUUUGUUGCUAAACAAAGACUAAAGAGGAGGGAUUUGGGGGUCAGUUCAGAUACGGCAAUUGAGAAAUGGAUCGAUACACCAAAGAAUAUUGCUUCGAGAGUAAUUGGGCCGCUGCGCAAGACCAUUGUUGUUGUGGCGUAUGCUGCUUUUAUCGCCCUUCUCAUCACCUACAAGUCAAUUAAGCAUGAUGGCAAUUUUCACGAGCGCAUCGCUUUUCGCGCAGCAUGGAUUACAGCGACACAGACUUCUUUGCCGUUUCUUCUAGCAGUGCGCGUCAAUCCAAUCGGUCUUUUACUAGGAACUUCAUACGAGAGGAUCAACUGGUUUCACCGAUGGGCAUCAAGAAUCUUCUUCGCUAGCGCCACCAUCCACGGAGGCUUUUUUACGUACGAAUGGCUCGUGGCCGACUUCUUCUGGACCGAGAUCAAAACAGUCAAAAUGGUUCUCCCUGGUAUUGCAGCAUGGUUCAUACUCGCCUGGACCGUCGUCUCAACAAUCCCCUUCUUCCGUCGCAUAAAAUAUGAGCUCUUUGUCGUGCAACACAUCAUUUCUGUCGUGUUACUCCUAGUGUUCCUGGUCCUUCACGUUCCAGACCACCACCUUUUUAGCAUCUGGUGCGCCGUGGGCGUUUUUGUCUAUGAUGUUGUGACACGCUCGGCAAACCCCAUCUGGCGGAACUUGAGAGUACGAGUCUCGGCGAACCCUUCUGUGCGAUAUGCGCACGACGCCCAAGUCGAAGCCGUCGACUCGGAAUUGACUGUCAUGACAAUUCGAAAUGUUGGGUUCAAGUGGAGUCCUGGACAACAUGUUUUGAUCUGGUCGCCUACUUUUCGAUGGGAGACGCCGCAUCCGUUUACUAUUGCGAAUAUUCCUGACACACAAACGAAAGCACAGGAUGUUCAAUUAACGAUCAAGACAAAGACGGGAUUGACGAGAGAUUUGAACGAUUGGGCGAGAAGAACUGGAUUGAGAGGGGAUAAUGCGAGUUUGCGCGUGCUAAUCACGGGGCCAUUUGGAGCAGUGCCGAAUUGGAAGCAGUACGAGAAUAUAGUUCUUGUCGCAGCAUCGACUGGAGGAUCAUUUACGACGCCGAUUCUCGAAGAUCUACUCACGUCUCAAUCCCCUGGCUGUAUCCGUACCAUCAGCGCUUUGUAUAUCGUCCGUCGCAAAGCCCACGCCCAAGUCUACCUCCAACGUAUAACCCGUCUGUUGUCGCGCGCCAAAGAGAUGGGUAUCUCGACAAAGAUACAAGUCGCAGUCACAAGAGGCCCUGGUACUGUAUCCGAAGCAGUUCUCCAAGACGAAAGCCGCGAGCGAUUAAUCGAGCCAGAAAACGCAAGAGGACCUAGUGUUGAAUUGGAGCGCUUCUCAAUAGACUCUACGCGAUCAUCGGAGAGUGGAAGGGAAGACCAGUUGUUGAAGGAGGAAGUGGAUAUGGAUCUCGAUGGGGCGUAUGCAUCGGCUAUUGAACACACUGAGGGACGGCCUGAGAUUGCGACAUUUAUGAGGGAUGCUGUUUGGGACAUCCCCGGGAGUGUCGCUGUCGCUGUUUGUGGAGGAGAGGCUAUUGAGAAGGUCGUCAAGAUGAGCGUUGCGACGUUGAGAAGAAGGGAUGGGAUGAAUGCUGGUGAUGUGUAUUUACAUGUUGAAAGGUCUGAUAUAUGA